CAUCCAGGCACCACGUGCUCGCUGAAGGGCGGCGCCAGGGGCCGAGCCGAGACGAUGUUCUUGCUGACUCUUCCGGCGGCCGGUAGAGUCGCCGUGCGACGUCUUCGGGUGAAGGAUUUCUGGGGUCGAGGUCUCGCAACCGCAGACAUGACGAAGGGCCUUGUUUUAGGAAUCUAUACCAAAGAAAAAGAAAAUGACGUGCCACAGUUUACAAGUGCAGGAGAGAAUUUUGAUAAAUUGGUGUCUGGAAAGCUGAGAGAAAUUUUGAACAUAUCUGGACCACCUCUGAAGGCUGGCAAAACCCGAACCUUUUAUGGUCUGCAUGAGGAUUUCCCCAGCGUGGUGGUGGUUGGCCUCGGCAAAAAGGCGGCUGGAGUGGAUGACCAGGAAAACUGGCAUGAAGGCAAAGAAAACAUCAGAGUGGCCGUUGCAGCGGGGUGCAGGCAGGUUCAAGACCUGGAGAUUUCUUCUGUGGAGGUCGAUCCCUGUGGAGAUGCCCAGGCGGCUGCGGAAGGGGCAGUGCUUGGUCUUUAUGAGUUUGAUGACCUCAAGCAGAAAAAGAAGGUGGUUGUGUCGGCAAAGCUCCAUGGAAGCGGGGACCAGGAGGCCUGGCAGAAAGGGGUCCUCUUUGCUUCAGGCCAGAACUUGGCACGCCAUUUGAUGGAGACUCCUGCCAAUGAGAUGACGCCAACCAAAUUUGCUGAAAUCAUUGAGAAGAAUCUCAAAGCAGCUAGUAGUAAAACAGAGGUCCACAUCAGACCCAAGUCCUGGAUUGAGGAACAGGAAAUGGGGUCAUUCCUAAGUGUGGCCAAAGGAUCUGAUGAGCCUCCAGUCUUCUUGGAAAUUCACUACAGAGGCAGCCCCAAUGCAAGUGAACCGCCCCUGGUGUUUGUUGGGAAGGGAAUUACCUUUGAUAGUGGUGGCAUCUCCAUCAAACCUUCUGCCAAUAUGGACCUCAUGAGGGCUGACAUGGGAGGAGCUGCCACCAUAUGUUCAGCCAUCGUGUCUGCAGCCAAGCUCAAUCUGCCUAUUAACGUCAUAGGUUUGGCCCCCCUUUGUGAAAACAUGCCCAGCGGUAAGGCCAACAAGCCUGGGGACGUCGUCAUAGCCAAGAAUGGGAAGAGCAUACAGGUGGAUAACACGGAUGCUGAAGGGAGGCUCAUCCUGGCCGACGCGCUCUGUUACGCGCACACCUUCAACCCGAAGGUCAUCAUCAAUGCUGCUACCCUAACAGGUGCCAUGGACAUAGCUUUGGGAUCCAGUGCCACUGGGGUCUUUACGAAUUCAUCCUGGUUGUGGAACAAAUUAUUUGAGGCCAGUGUUGACACAGGAGAUCGUGUCUGGAGGAUGCCUCUGUUUGAACAUUAUACAAGACAGGUUGUAGAUUGCCAGCUUGCUGAUGUUAAUAACAUUGGAAAAUACAGAUCUGGAGGAGCAUGCACAGCUGCAGCGUUCCUGAAAGAAUUUGUGACUCAUCCAAAGUGGGCGCAUUUAGACAUCGCUGGCGUGAUGACCAACAAAGACGAGAUUCCGUACCUGCGGAAGGGCAUGACUGGGAGGCCCACCAGGACACUGAUAGAGUUCUUGCUUCGCUUCAGCCGAGACGGCGCGUAGUGCGGCUCCUCUAAAUCCCUUCGUUCUGUCUUACACGGGUGGUUGGGCUUCAGAACAUUUUGGAAUGGAUGGCAAUCUUUUCAAGGAAACAAAGGGUGGUAUUUAAAAAUGUACAAUACAAUGAAAUUUUAUGCCUUGAUUUUUUUUUUUCAUUUGUAUGCAGAGAUUUUAAAAUAUAAAGCUAAUAUGUUGCUUGGCAAAGAUUUUUAAGAUAGUCUAUAUAU